AAACGUCUCCUCCCUCCCCCAUUCAAACUCCUCCAUUUUCAUCCCUACCCAGCUGCCAUCACCCACCACAAGGCCCCUCCUACCAGCAGCCAAGUCUGCCUAUCUUCCUCCUUUCCUCUUCUUCCUACAUUGUCAAUGGAAACCUCGAUUGCUUCUUCUCCCUCCAUUGAUAAACAAGAAAAAGUUGACCCAUCAAUACACCACAAUUUGGAGUCGGAAGAUCACACAAUGGAUGUUGAGAAACAUGUCACAGAUGUUGUAGUGACGGAGCAAAAAUCGCAGCAAGAGGGUGACACUUCAACACUUGGUAGUUAUGUAGGGCCAUCGACUAUACCUACUUCGACUUGUCCUCCAUACGAUUAUACGGAGCAUUUUACAACGGAGACGAUGAGUAUUUUUUUUGAUAGAAUUUUUCCAUCCGAUGAAGCGUUGGUAGAUUGGAUAAGAUGCACUGGUAAACAACACGGGUUUAUCAUUGUGAUUAAGGGUUCUGAGAAAUGUAUUAAGAAUCGCACACCUAGGAUGAGGUUUUCAUGUGAAAGGAGUGGUAAGUAUAGGUCGAUUGUGAAGAAAGUUGAUGGGAAGGAGGGCAAUGAUGGUUGGACUGUCUCUAUCUAUAAUGGCACCCACAACCAUCCUCCAGCGGUGUACUUGGAGGGUCAUUCGUAUGCCGGGAGAGAAAUCCUAACCCAUUUGAAGGUUCAAGAUCCUGAGAACAUAACGUCUAUCAAAACCGUGUACAAUGUACGACAAAAGUAUAGAGUGAUAGAGAAAGCUGAAAAAACUCAAAUGCAACAUUUGUUGGAUCGGCUAGAAAAGUACCACUAUGUUCAUUGGACCCGUGGGAACAAGACUUAG